AUGAAAUCGUUAGUAGCUCUCUGUGCAUUAAUUGCCUUAUGCGCUGGGAAUGCUAUUCCUCCGGUGCCUAAGGACAACAGCCACUAUGUAGAAGGAGUGAGCCGCUACAUCUGGAUGCCUGACGGAGAGGGCAACCCUCACCUUGUCGAUCUCGAAGAACCUGCUGAUGAAAGUUUUCUGGCAUCCAGAAACGGGAACAAAAACCAGUAUUGGCUAUUUACCCGGCAAAACCGUAAUAACCGUCAAGUGCUCGUGAACGGCAACGCCAACUCCAUACGUAAUUCUAACUAUAGAGGAAAUAGACCAACCGCAGUAAUUGCUCACGGCUGGAAUAGCGGUGGAACUUCGAGCUGGGUUCCACAAAUGGUAACAUCUUUUCUUGACCGUGCAGACAUGAAUGUCAUCGUUCUGGAUUGGAGUUCCACUGCCAGCGGUUUAUAUACGACUUCAGUAAGAGCAGUGCCGGACGUUGGAAGACACCUUGCUAAUUUUCUUCGAUUUCUUUUCAAUACUGCUGGUGGCAACUGGAAUAACCUUCAUUUAGUUGGUCACAGUUUGGGAGCUCAUGUUAUGGGCAAUGCUGGUCGUGCAGCUCCUUCUCGUCCCGUGCGCGUUACUGGUUUGGAUCCAGCUGGACCACAGUGGGGUGGUAAUUCUAAUGCCCUAAAUCGUAACUCUGCUACAUACGUUGAAUCUAUUCACACUGACGGUGGUGCUCUGGGUAUUUUUGAUCCAAUUUCUCAUGCUGACUUUUACCCUAAUGGUGGCCGAAAUCGCCAGCCUGGUUGUAGCAAUAACUUCUGCUCUCACAGUCGCGCCCAAGCUUUGUUUUCUUCAACUGUCAGGAAUGAUCAUUUGAAUGGAAGACGUUGUGCAAAUUUGGACCAAGCUCGUAAAAAUCAAUGUACAGGAUCCAAUCUCAAGAUGGGUAAUUCUGACUUGGGUAAAAGAGGAUCGAAUCCCCAAGUCAGUGAGCCAUUGUUACCAUCAGAGGGCUCCAUUGCGGUAUCGUCUUUCCAACGUACAAAACGGACAGUUUUCACAAUUCAUAAUUAUGGAGAGGGAGUUGGUGGAAAUUUUAAUGCUUUCGUUAUUCGCGCUCACUUAAUGGCCGAGGACGUGAAUCUAAUAGCCGUUGACUGGAGCCCUGCUGCAGGUUUUUACUCAUACGCUUUAGCAAACAUGCCUCAACUCGGCAGAAUUAUUGCUUCUUUCAUCGAUCUUCUGGAGUCAAGGUUUGGAUACAACCCUGACAAUAUUCGGAUUGCGGGUCUUGGCCUUGGAGCACACGCGGCUGGUAUUGCGGCCAGAAAUGCUAAUGGAAACAUACCUCAUAUCGUCGCUCUUGAUCCGUCCCUGGUUGGUUGGACUCAUCACCCAGAAAUCCUAAGCAAAGAUGACGCUGGCGUUGUAGAAGUAAUCCACACUUCAGCUGGAGCUGAAGGUUAUGAUAAACCUCUGGGAGACCUGGACUUCUUCCCUAAUGGCGGUUCUUUCAUGGCCGGUUGUGGAACUAAUUCAACUUGUUCCCACAUCUACUCAUAUGUGUACUACGCAGAAUCACUUACCGCUGAAGUGGAAAAUGGCAAAAAAUUCGUAGGAACUGCCUGCGAUUCCUAUGAGAGUGCAAUCAAUGUAUCAUGUCAGGGCGAGCGAGGAGUUAUCUUUGGUGGAUCUGCAGUGAAACGAACACAAAAUCCAAGAGUGAGCCAGCCAUUAUUGCCUAAUAAUGUUAACUUAUUGUCACGGUCAAAUUAUAGAAGUAGCAGAAGAACGAUUGUACUUAUACAUGGUUGGAUGAAUUCUGCUACAUCAAAUUUCAAUUCUGUGCUUCUACGAGCUCUCUUGGCUGCUGAGGAUGUGAAUGUUAUUGUGGUAGAUUGGAGUUCAGGUGCCAAUUCUUUGCAGUACAGGGAAGUUAAUGCAAAUGCCAUAUCAUCAGGUUCAGCUGUGGCUCAGUUUAUUAAUUGGUUGAACCAAAAUACGGGUUCGGUACUUGCUCAAUAUCAUAUCAUUGGUCACGGCGUUGGUGGACACCAAGCUGGUAUUGUUGGAAGAAAUUUAAAUGGUCAAGUUCCAUAUAUCACUGGUCUUGAUCCAGCGCUAAUUGGUUGGGUGAACAAUAUAUAUCGCUUCCGUCCUAGCGAUGCACUUUAUUCUGAAGUCAUACACACAAACUAUGGUGUCUAUGGAUACUUGGGUGAUUUAGCACAAGUAGACUUUUAUCCCAACGGUGGCAUUUCAAUGCCUGGUUGUGAUUCUAACGGCUGUGAUCAUGAGAGAGGCUUUCAAUAUCUAGCAGAAUCUUUUGCAUCUGGUGGUUUUACAGGAAGGGAGUGUAUGAACUAUUAUGCUGCAGUUUUAAGGAUGUGUUAUGGUCCGAGACAACUCAGAAUGGGAGGUCUGGUUCCUAAAACUGGGGCUUCCGGUGUAUACUUCUUGGAAACAAACGCUCAACCUCCGUUUUCUCAAGGCUAA